AUGCGUGGCUCUCCCUACCUCUCCCUCACCAUCCUGAUGCGUUUCCAGCACAUCCUCCCUCUCUCUGCUAUCCAUUCUGCUAUGCCUUGCUCUCCCUACCUCUCCCUCACCAUCUUGAUGCAUUUCCAGCACAUCCGCUCUCUCCCGGCUAGCCAUUCUGCUAUGCCCGCCUCUCCCAACCUCUCUCUCACCGUCCUCAUUUCCCACUCUACCUCUCCCUGCCAUUCCUUCUCUCCCCUGCGCUUCCCUCUCGCGCCUUGCCCCGCAUUCUCGUUUUCUAGUCCCACUCUACCUCUCCCUGCCAUUCCGUCUCUCCCCUGCGCUUCCCUCACGCGCCUUGCCCCACAUUCUGGUUUUCCAGUACCUCUCCCAGCCAUUCCUUCUCUCCCAUGCGCUUCCCUCUCGCGCCUUGCCCCGCAUUCUGGUUUUCCAGUCCCACUCUACCUCUCCCUGCCGUUCCGUCUCCCCCCUGCGCUUCCCUCACGCGCCUUGCCCCGCAUUCUGGUUUUCCAGUCCCACUCUACCUCUCCCUGCCAUUCCUUCUCUCCCCUGCGCUUCCCUCACACGCCUUGCCCCGCAUUCUGGUUUUCCAGUACCACUCUACCUCUCCCUGCCAUUCCUUCUCUCCCCUGCGCUUCUUUCAAUAAUCUGGCCCCACUCUCAGAUCGCCUUGGCAUCGACGACGUCGUUGCCACUCUCAUUCUCUCGUCGGAUGAGACAAUAGCUGACGGCCGAGGAAAAGCUAAGGGGCAUCCCAUCUACAUGUCAUUGGGAAACAUUCAUCAUGAGGAUCGCUGGAAGCCAUACGGGCAUGCGCUCAUUGCAACGUUACCGGAGUGUCCGGCGGAGUACACGUCGGUUGACCGACUGCAGAUCUUCCAGUAUGUCUUGCGCCUCGUUCUUCAACCAUUGAAAUAUGCUUCACACGUGUAA